GUCUUUUCCCUGCGCCUCGAAGUCGCAGUGGUCUCCUGAUAGAUUUCUCCUGCCGUUAUGACAACACAACAUCACAGACCCAGUUCAUGGCCCUUACCAGGCUUUCCAGAACCGGAAAUAAUUGCUCACGAGACGGAAAUAGAGGGCAUAAGAAAUACUAGCAAAACUUUUCGUUCUACUCACAAGCGUGGAGGAUAACCCGACUCAAAGUGGAGAACGUUUGUGGUGAGCUUGUUGGGUGAGAUGGCCCCUCCUGCACUCCGUCAUCGGCCUUAGCUGCACGCCCUAUCGUUGAUCCCUCCCAAUCAUCUCAAAGUCCUUUUGACGCUGGCAUUUCUUCGUGGAGCUGACAACAAUAUCCACUUCUUCACACCGCAGUAUUUCUAUUAGGCAAGAUGGCUUCUAGCGGUGUCGAGGUCGAGUUAAGACCACAAUCACAAGCUCAAUCAGCCAACGAAGCUCAAGCUUAUCGAAAUGAAUCAAUCACUUCACUUGAAGCGAAUGAGGGAUUCUCAUUGCCACCAGCCGAUGGUGGAAAGGAUGCUUGGCUGUGUCUCCUAGCUUGCUUCAUGCUCGAGGCACUAAUAUGGGGAUUUCCAGCCUCCUACGGUGUCUUCCAAGAAUACUACAGUACUCAUGAGCCAUUUGCUGGCUCAAACAACAUUGCCGUCGUAGGUGCAUGUGCCAUGGGAAUAAUGUACAUGGAUAUUACGAUUAUGUUUGCUUUAUUGAAAUACUUCCCUAAGCUGCGAAGAUGGGCAACACCAAUUGGCCUCGUCGUUGUCUGUCUCGCCCUCGGCCUGGGCUCAUUUUCCACUAACGUGUCCCACUUGAUCCUCACUCAAGGGAUCAUCUAUGCCAUCGGCGGAGGUUUUGCAUGGACUCCCAUCCUCUUCUAUUUGGAAGAAUGGUGGGUACGCCGCAGAGGUUUUGCAUACGGUGCUACAAUGGCUGGCCUUGGGUUAUCUGGCGCCAUUCUCCCUGUUGUCUUGGAAUGGCUUCUUCAUACUUAUGGCUUCCGCACCACACUUCGAGUUUGCGCUCUGACUUUUGUCGGGCUUAAUUUCCCUAUCCUCUUCUUUUUCAAGCAACGGAUUCCACUAUCUCAGAAUUCACAAUCCCGCAGUUUUGAUAUGUCCUUUUGGAAAUGCUCAAAUUAUCUUAUUCUACAGUCCGGGAAUGUCAUUCAAAGCCUGGGUUACUUUCUCCCAGCCAUCUAUCUCCCGACCUUCGCUCGCUCCCUUGGCGCUACAAACUUUGAGAGUGUCCUGACUGUCAUUCUUCUCAACGGCGCUGCAUUCGUUGGAUGCAUGUGCAUGGGUGUUGCCGUCGAUAAGUACCACGUCACCACCUGCCUUUUCGUUUCCGCCAUGGGCUCUACGAUCGGGGUUUUCCUUCUCUGGGGUCUUUCAACGUCCCUUGUGCCCCUCUACAUCUUCUGCAUCAUCUAUGGGGCCUUCGCAGGUUGCCAGUCCAGUACUUGGAGCGCCAUUAUUCGCGACACGAAACAGAAGAAGAGAGGGGCUGACUCUGGUAUGGUUUUCGCGUGUCUAUCGGCCGGCAAGGGCGUAGGAAACUUGUGUAGUGGACCAUUGAGCGAAGCGCUUCUACAUGCAGGUACAUGGAAAGCGGGAAUGGCGUAUGGAAGCGGAUAUGGUGCACUCAUCGUUUUCACUGGUACGACGGCCCUGCUUGGUGGUUGGGGUUUCGCUGCGAAGCGAGUUGGUUGGUUGUAG